UUUUGCAAAACAAUCCGUCACGCAAAUAAAACAGUCCACGCGAGAUACACGCGAAGCGGCAAAUCAGCUUCUAAGUGGCUUCAGACAAGACAAGACUAGGCUUGUGUAUAUUGAGUUAGCCUUCCAGUUGUUGUAGAGUUCAUUGCAUCUAUCAUAGUCAGUGAACUCUACAAGUAGUAUUAGAGUUCAUUGAUCAUAGUCCAGUGAUAAUGCUUGCAGAAAUAGUCAAAUAUCUUUUGUUUCGACAAGAAAUUGACGUGUUGCUACUGAGUUUUUUUGGUUGAACAUACAGUCGUCUUUAAUCCGAUAACAUCUUUUGUUUCGAUGCUGCUAUGUCGGAGGGCAAAUACAAAGAAUUAGUUAAUACUGCUAUUGUGAACUCCGGCUGGCGUGGGCAAACCUUGUUUUUUAUGGCCCCUGUGGUUGAUUGAAACCCAAGAAUUCUAUAUUUUUUUGUAUCUGUCCUCCAACAUGGCGGCAUCGAAGCUCAAGAAUUUAUAUUUCGUUUUUUUUGUAGGAGAUAAAGGCCUGAAUAAAAACAUUUGAUUUGUAAUAAUGAAAGUUGGUUUUAAGGCUUUGCUCAUCGUGGUUAGCUGUUUGGGCAUAUUAUAUUUGUACAUUUUACUAAAAUUAAAGACAUUGGCAUUUAUUAAUUCCGCAAGUUUGUAUUUAAAUUCUAAUAGAUUUACUUAUGCAAAGAACAAUAUCCUACAUAGAUAUCCUUCAGUUUCACUUUUCAUGAGAUUGUCAGGUAAAAGACAAGAGCACAAAAAAAGAUUUUACUGCAAUAUGUUGAAGACGAUUCCUCUUUUCUGGCCAGGAUGGCUGGGUAAAAUGGUUCUCAUACUUGAUAAAGAAUCAAAGAAGGAUCACGCCUUUGGUGAAACACUAUUGAAUCAAACAAAAGAACAUUUCCCUCAUCAAGCUUUUAAAAUUGACUACGAGCGACUACCCAAAGAUCCUAAGGUUUUAACCUUUCCUGGCCAGAAAAAAUCCUCUGGUUAUAAUCGUCAGUUAUGGAGCAGCUUUUUCAUAGAUCUGUACACCGAUGACGAGGUGAUAGCUUGGUUGGAUAGUGAUUCGCCAUUCGUUCUCCCAGUUACCAUGUCAACUAUAACGCCACAUGGUAAAGUACGAGUCCUUGGCACUGAAUGUACAAUGCCAAUAGGCUGGGUGCAAUCGUGGGCAAAAAGCACAGAGAUGGCUAUAGGUUUCCCACAGGUGGCUGAUUUUAUGACAUAUUUUCCUGUGUACAUCUACCGUGACACGUUUACACACUGCCGAGAGCACAUAUUGAAAAAAUUCAAGACAGAUAACUUUGAAGAAGCCUUUAAAAAAUUUCAUCACACAGGCACCGGUUAUAUCUCUCCUGUAUCUGUUAUCUUCAGCUACGCGUGGUUCUUUGAGAAAGAUCGCUACGACUGGAAUAUAAAAAUGUGUAACAAUUUGGAUGAGUACAACAAACGUUUGCCCGAAGGCCACAAAAUUUUACAGAAUGACAUAAUUAAUGAAAAUAAACUAUUAACUCAGCCUCAAACUGCCUACCAUGGACCGUUGAAUGCCCAAGACUACUAUGCAAAACUUAUUCCAAUUUCUUACUGUUUAUCAAUAAGUGAAGCCGGCAGGAGUGAAGACAUGUGUAAAAAAUAUUCACGAUCGGAUCUCAAUCGCUUAUUUAAUCUAUUCAAAUCAGAUAUGCACAGCAUAAAAGAAAGGUUAAAUAUUCCCCAUCCAUGUAUUGGAAAUCACACUCAGUAUUGCUUAAGUAUCUUAGAACGUCAUAUCAAGAAAGUUAGUGUUGAAAUCAAAGAAAACAAACGAAGAAUGACAUGGGAUGACGUCACAACAGUUGAUUCUAUAGCCCGCAAAACAGGUGUAAACUGUACGCCACAACCACUCUAGUUCAUGUUAUAUCUCUGGUGAUAAAGCCAUGUUUGUCCAAGCAAAGCUCUCAUCAGAAUUAAAAUUGUUCAACUCUCAUAGAGAUCUUACUUGGUCUUGCAGCUACUUUUCUCUAUUUCUUAUAAUUUUUCUUAGGCGUUUACAAGCACCUGUUUACAAGCAAUGUUAAUUUAUUAUGAUCACAACAACGAAGCAAUUUUUUGCGAGAUACUUUGCUAGGAAAAUUUGAUCUAGAAUAAUGAAAUGAACGUAUUUGAUUUUUAUAGAUGAACCAAAAUUAGCAACUUUUUAAUGUUCAAAUGUUUUCUCGUUUUCAAAAAGGGAAAAAAUUAUAAAAAAUCUAACCACAAAUUAGAAUGUAUUCCAAAAAAUCAUUUCAAGAUCAUGCAUUGUUAAAAUAGAUAAUUUUCAAACAAAUUUGUUUUCAUUUCCCUGAUUUGCACACGUAGAAAAUGUAACUUUGAAUCUAAAUAUUACAAUAAUUGAUAUUCAACAUUUUUAAAUCAACUAAAGGAAAAUAAAAACUUAUGCAUCUUUUUGUU